UUUUUUUUUUUUUUGGUGUGUAUAAAUUAAUGUUUUAAAUGUUUGUACCUAUAUACACAUAUACUGUACAUAUACUUACUCCUUUAAAAUGUAGCCAUCAAGAUCAUCACUGUCCUUGGAUUAACAACUGCAUAGGAAUAAAUAAUCAGCGAACCUUUUAUACGUUUAUUUUAGAUUUAUUAUUUUUAUUUUUAUUUAAUUACUAUUAUAUUUUUUUAUAUUUCCAGAGUUUUUGUUAUAACAUAAACUAUGUGUUUGCUGCGUUUGUUUUACUGAGCAACUUUAUAAACCUAAAUCUAACAGGAUUUUUAUUAUAUUUAUGUGCACGUAACACGAGAUCUAUAAUAACAAACAUAACGUUCUAUGAGUAUUUAAAAAGACCAAGACACAUAAAAGAUAAUUACAACACUGAGUUACAAUGCUGGGAUUUUCAAAAUUUAAGCCUUAUAAAAAUUUUAAAAAAUAUAUAUUACUUUUGGUCGUUAAAUUAUGACGAACCAUAUUUCAGAAAAAAUGAACAAUCGAUGGAUAAGUCUCAUUAUACACUACUUCCGAACGACGUAUAAGAAAAGAACAUUUUUACAGCCUUAUUAUUUGAAUUAUAACAGUUUAAAAAAAAAAAAAAAAAAAAA